ACCAGCCUCCAUUAGCAGAAUGACUCCAAGCCAAUGACGUCCCACCUGCGUCUGUAUUUGCGGAAAUGAUGUGUUUUAGGACAGUGGUGGAGCUUGAGCUGAGAGUACAGCUGCCCUCACAGCCCUUUUUCAUAUAAGACUUCUCACAAGUUACUUCAACUGAUGUAUUAUUUCCCCUCAAGUGAAACAUGAAUGAAAAAACAGAUGAAAGAGACUUUUGGAGGAACUCUUGUCAACUUUGAAUGCUUGUUUAUCUUCAAGCAGGUGCUCCGAUGUCUCCUGCUUGCUGUUCUCUGGAUUUCACCUCAAACUAAACUUCACUCAUGGGCCUCUUUCCAGCCAUGGCCAAGAUCAUACGGAAGGGGAAGUGUCUGUUUCUUCUACUGUUGUGUCUUUGCGUUGUAGUGUGGAUAGCAACAUUGUCAAAUGAUGACACAGUUAAGCCUGUCCAAGAAGGAUCAAAUCCUCCUGAAGAUAAGAGUGGCGAGGUGUUUACUAUGAUGGAGAUGAUACAGAGCAAAGAGGAGCGUGGAGAAGUCCAGCUGUCCAGAAGCUGUCCAGAGCACUCACCCCUGCUCCGAGGAGCUUUCAAGCUGUCAUUUGAUCCCUCGCUGACGACAGGGCAGGUAGAGAGUGAAAACGGGGAGGUCGUGGAGGGUCAGUAUAACCCUUCUGACUGUGUGGCCAGGCAGAGUGUGGCUAUCCUUAUCCCUCACAGAAACAGAGAGAAGCACCUGCUCUACCUCCUCUACCACCUUCACCCAUUCUUACAGAGGCAGCAGCUUCACUACGCCAUCUAUGUCAUUCAUCAGGCUGGAGAUGCUACAUUUAACAGGGCAAAGCUAUUAAAUGUUGGCUACCUCGAGGCUCUGAAAGACCACAGCUGGGACUGUUUCAUCUUCCAUGAUGUUGAUCUAGUUCCUGAGAAUGAUCAUAAUUUAUACAUAUGUGAGGAUCAGCCUAAGCACUUGGUCGUGGGGAGAAAUUCCACUGGGUACAAACUCAGAUACAAAGGUUACUUUGGAGGAGUUUCGGCCAUGACAAAGGAUCAGUUUCACAAGGUGAAUGGCUUCCCAAACUCCUAUUGGGGCUGGGGUGGAGAGGACGACGACUUGAGAAUAAGGGUAACACUGCAGAAAAUGUCAAUAAUCCGUCCAUCCCCGGAAGUGGCACGCUACACCAUGGUCUUUCACAAGAGGGACAGCGGCAAUCAAAUCAAUAAAGACAGGAUGCAGUUGCUACGCCAUACUCAUCAGGCAUGGAAGACUGAUGGUUUGAACUCCUGUUCCUACAAGAUUUUGUCUGUCCACAGAGCACCACUCUUCAUCAACAUCACCGCGGACAUUGGCCGGCCGGAGCAUGCUCAUUGAGCCGGGUUUUUGGACACUGAAAUUUAAGAGACAGUUAGCAUUAAAAACCCAGUAUUCACCAGUGCCUGGCAGAUCCAGUACUAGCUGUGCAGGUUGCACUAUGGAUCUGUCCAACUUUACUCUAUGGCCCUGCAAGAUAAUAAGGCCAGAAUUCUGAUCAAACACUACUUUAAGUAUUACAUUAGUCAAAUAGAAUUUAAUUAAUCUGAUCAUGUAAACCUUUCAGGGUUGAAAUGAAAUCAAAUUCAAUAUUCAUUACCUCCAGUUAUGAAGUUAUGGGUUUAUAUAAUGUAUUCUGUAAUACUUGUAUUCGUUAAGGUCGUUACAAUAUAUGGCACAACAUCUUGGAGUAAUGGAACACAAAAGAGCUGCACCUGACAGGCCAAUAGGUAUAUAUGGUGUAGACUUAAAUGUUGAUAUAGAUAUGAUUGUAUUUUAAAUGGGCAGAGGAGGUUAACUUGAGUCAGCAUGUUCUGUGAUGAUGAGUCCAGAUGAACAUGCUUAUUAUAUCUGUCUGGUGUAAAAUGGUAGAUACUGUAGUAGGUGUAUGGGUCCAAUGAUUUGGUUUAAUCAGUUUCAUUUCAGUCAAAUGUAGCUGUAGAUGGGUUAAUUAUGUUACAUUUUUACAUUGUUCAGACAGAAUGGCUGUUCACUCAUAAAACUGGGUGGUUUUAGCUUUUUCAGAGAUCAGAGAAAAGAUAAUUUUAACUUAUUGCCGUGAUCCUUUCCAUUUUAAAAACUCACAUACUGUGUCACAAUCUGAAUUUGUCAGAAUUUAAAAUGAUCCAUAAAAUAAAGUACAUUACAGACUGGA